CCAAGUACGCAAAAACCCAAGGCGGCAGUCAGGGUCACCGGCUCGCCAGCAGCAGCAAGGGGAGGCACCAUGUCCGCCGCGGCGGGCGACUGGCUCCCGGCCGCGGACGUGACGGCGGCGGGGCGGCCGGUGCUGUCCGCAGGGGAGGUCGAGCGGCACCUGGUCGCGCAGGCGGACCUGGAGCCCGAGGAGAGCCCCCGCCUCGCGCCCCUCCGCGGCUGCCUCCUCGUGCUCACCUCCCACCGCCUCAUCUUCCUCCACGAGCCCUCCCGCUCCGCGCGCGCGCUCCCCCUCGCCGCCGUCGUCCACCCCUACCCGCCCCACCGCAAGCACAGCCACAACCCCCUCCGCUCCAUCUUCUCCUCCUCGUCGUCGUCGUCCUCCCCCUCCUCGUCGCACCACCCGCGCGUCCGCCUCCAGAUCUCCCUGCCCCCCUCGCGAUCGGAGGUCGUCGCCGUCGUCGUCACCGGCAAGGGGGACGCGGAUGUUUUCUACGGGAGGCUGCUCGAGGCCGUCCGCGCGAGGGCCUGGGAGCUGGUCCCCGUGGCUGCCCCCGCUGGCGGCUCCUCGGUGGCGCAGGUAGCCCCGGCGGAGGAGGAUCUCUCGAUCAAGAUGCCCGUGGUUGGGGUCUCCGGGAUUCUGCGGAUGGAGCAGGAGGCGUGGGAGAGCGCGGGGCAGAACCUGCAGGAUGCCUUCCAGGAUCUCAACGCCCUCAUGAGCAAAGCUAAGGAAAUGAUGGAGUUAGCUGAGAAAAUGAGGCAAAAGCUACUGAUGAACUCAUCAGCCCAAUCCAAUUCCAAUGAUGAUGAGAUGGGAUCUAAACAAGACAUGCAGGAUUGGCUAUUGAGUGUUGGAAUUGUGUCCCCUGUGACGAAAGAAACCGCUGGGGCUCUUUACCACCAGCAGCUGUCACGCCAGCUGGCUGACUACAUAAGAAUACCACUCGAGAAAGCGGGUGGUAUGAUGGCACUAGUUGAUGUUUAUUGCCUCUACAACCGUGCUAGAGGGACAGAGCUGAUCUCACCAGAGGAUCUUCUCCAGGCCUGUUCCCUUUGGGAGAAAUUUGACGUCCCAGUCAUGCUCAGGAAAUUUGACAGUGGAGUGAAGGUGAUCCAGACCAAGACCCAUAGUGAUGAUGAGGUAUUUGCAAGAAUCUCAUCACUGGCACAAAAGGAAGAUGCUCUUCAGAAGGGAAUAAGCCCCAGCGAUGCUGCAUUUACACUUGGGAUUGCACCUGCUUUAGCAAAGGAGCAUCUUCUAAAUGCAGAGAACAUUGGCAUCCUCUGCAGGGAUGUCAGUCCAGAUGGGUUACGCUUCUACAUUAAUAUAUUUAAUGAAAUUGAUCCCCAAAAUAUUUAUUUGUCAAAAACCCAUGGACUAUACCACACCUGGACAUCCGUCACAACGGCAUCACAAUGACUUAUCUUUGGUUGAUCGGGUAGCACGACGGGUUCUGCAAUUCGGCUGAUCAAUUUUCAGUUUUGUCGGCAUAUUCUGCCGUGAUGUCUUUAUGCAACACUCCAAAGCGUGAUGUAACCAAUUUGUUAUUUUCUAGAAUGAAUGCAUAAGACGUGGGUUCCUGAAACAGAAGAGAUGACGAUUUGGGUCUGCUUUUGCUCGCCUUUCCUCAAGGCAGACUUUCAUGCAAUGAGUGAUGGGGGUCCUUUUUUCAUUGCCA